AUGAGUAUACAAUCUAGAAGAAAUACUAGUCCUGGUUUAGAUGAUUUUCCAUAUUUAUUAAUAAAACAUCUAUCUGAAUCUGUACAAAAGCUAUUUUUGAAUGUUCUUAAUAAUCUAUGGCAUAAAAAACUCAUACCAAGUUCAUGGCAAACUCAAUGUGUAAUACCUAUAUUAAAACCAGAUAAGUCACCUGAACAGAUCAGUUCUUAUCGUCCAAUCUCGUUAUCAUCAUGUAUUGGAAAAAUAUUUGAAAAUAUGGUGAAAUCUCGACUUGACUGGUAUGCAGAAUCCAAUAAUGUCAUUCCACACAUUCAAUAUGGAUUUCGCAGAGGAAGAAGUUGUGUUGAUAGCUUCAUUUCUCUCAUAUCUGAUCUGAAAAAUGCAAAAAACAAUAAAUUACACACAGUUUGUGUAUUUCUAGAUGUGCAAGGUGCAUUUGACAGUGUGGAUCCUGGCAUACUGGUGAAGGUACUCAGUAAUUCUGGUAUACCUGGACAAUUAUGUAAAUGGAUUUAUGAUUUCCUCAAUAACAGAAUACUAUAUGUUAGGCAUAACAAUAUCUUAUAUGGACCUAGAACUGCAUCAAAAGGUACUAUACAAGGUGCCACAUUAUCACCCUUGUUGUAUAAUUUGUAUACUUGUGAGAUAUGUAAAUAUGUUAAUACUAAAAAUGUAAAUAUACUUCAAUUUGCAGAUGAUUUAGUGUUGUAUAGUUCAGAUGUAAAUUUAACAGUAGCCAUUGAAAAUGUUAACACUGCCUUAAGACAGUUAAAUAAUUAUUAUCAACACACAUUAAAAUUGAAAAUAAAUGCUGGCAAAAGUAAUUUAAUGCUAUUUGGAAAGGACACACCAGUAGUGGAUGUUGUCUAUAAUGGUGAUGUCAUUCAAAGAGUCACCUCACACAAAUUUUUAGGUAUUAUCAUUGACCAGAAAUUGUCAUUUGAAGAACAUAUUAAAUAUGUAUCUAGAAAUGCAUUAAAUGGUGUUAACAUUUUAAGAUGUCUAGCAGGUGUUACAUGGGGUGCAGAUCCCAAAAUACUUUCAUUAUUAUAUAAAUCUAUUAACAGAGCUUUGAGGAUCAUAUCAGGAGCAAUGUGUUCGACUCCCAUAAGGGCCAUGGAAGUCGAAACAAAUAUUAUGCCAUUGAUAUUGAGACGACUUAUGCUUGCAGAAAGAUACUGCCUGAAACUAUUAUCAUCAAAUAAUAUCCAAAUUAUAAAUAGGAUAAUACCUCACCCAAUCAAUAUAGAUGGUCCACUCACUUCACCAAAUGAUCUCCUGAGAGGUACAUCUCCAACUCUGUGCCAGAUCUUCUUAGAAAUACAAUCUCAUUAUUCGAACAUCAAAAAACUUUCACACUGGUCGUGUUACACUCAUUCAUACAGUUGUAUCACUCAUCCUAUUACGAUUUUAUCCAAUUUAAUCGAAAAUAAUUCAGAUUUACUGGCUUUUAUAGAAGAAAAUAACAAGUAUUAUACAAUCUACACUGAUGGCAGUAAAGGCAAUGAUUUUGUGAGAAGUGCGGUAUAUGAUUCUCAAAAAGAUGUUGCUCAAAGCUUUGCUCUCGAUAAAAAGUGCUCCAUAUUUACAGCAGAGGCAUAUGCAGUUUUUGCCGCUUUAAAAUCUAUAAUUUCUAUAAAUAAUUGUAAAUAUUUUCUAAUUUUGACAGACUCUUUGAGUCUUUUAAAUAGCCUUAAGCAUUCUAAUAUUAAUAAUUUUAAAACUAAUUAUAUUAUUUAUUUAAUUAAAGAUACUGUCUUACGGUUGCAUAAAAAAGAUAUAACUGUUGCCUUUAUGUGGGUACCCUCACAUAAAGGUAUUACUGGUAACGAAAAAGCAGACAAAGCUGCAUAUGAAGGGAUUAACACUCUUAAUGUCAGAAAUGUGGUACAGGUUCCUAUGACUGAUUAUUAUUAUUAUAUCAAUAACUCGAUAAAAAUUUUAUGGACAGCAUUAUGGGAAGAAGAUCAAAAAUUGAAAGGAAAAUGGUAUGGUAGUAUACAGGAAAAUUUACAUAUAAGACCCUGGUAUGAUGAGUUGAAUACUAGCUGUAUCGUGAGUCGUGAGUUCGUUACCACAAUCAACAGAUUGCGCUUUGGGCAUAACACUGCACCCGCGCACCUCGCUAAACUUAAUAUUAUAACUAACAAUAUUUGCUCUUUCUGUAAUAAUAACGAGAUCGCAGAUAUCAACCAUAUCUUUUUUAAAUGCCAAAACCAAAUAUUCAUUUUUAAUAGACUAAUAUUGGCAAGUGAAAUAAUGGAAAUUAGUGAUCCCUCCCGCCGCCAGUUGUGUGAUUUGCUCAAAAACAAAAAGUGUUAUAGUGCAUUAUAUAAAUACAUCAAAAAUACCGUGGGGAAGAUUUAAGAAAACAAGUGAAACGAUAGAAUAACAUGUGAAUUAGUGACCGUAAAUAAGACUUGGCUUAAAGGUCUCGUUACCAGGCCAUAAAAUUAUUAAAAAAAAA